AUGGGUCUUAUUCUCCGGCUUUGUUUGGUUUUGGAUGCGAGAGAGAAAAUCAAAUCAAAUGGAAUUGAAAAACAAAUAGUGGUUUCUUCUUUACUUUCUCUGGUUCUGGUUCUGGUUCUGGUGCAGACGGAAAUGGAUGACGAUGACUGGGACUUGGAGCUGAGCGCCGAACAAUUGGAUUUUCUCGAAAGAGAUGCUUUUCAGAAACUAGCUCAGCAACGUUCUGCUUCAGCUUCUCUUGCUACUUCUAACACCAACAAGCUUCAUGCUACUGCUACUACUUCCGCUUCCACACUAUUACCUCAAUCACUCCCCUCAGCUGAUGAACACGCCAAGGCCAAGGGACUAGCAAAGUUUCCUGUCAAAUUUUUUCUCCACGCUUCUGGAAAUAUUGCAGCUAAAUUUUCAUAUGAUCAGGUAGUAGUGGGUGCUUUCCGCAAAAUCCCUAAAGCCACUUGGAAUGCUAAAGAAAGGAUUUGGAUUUUCCCUCCACCUUCUUUGUCCCAGGCUGAAAAAGGCUUGCGUGAAUUAUCUUGUGUCAAUGUUGAGUUAGAAAACUUAGAUCCCCUAGUGCAUCGUGCUAUUGCCGCCACUUCUGCUGUUCCAGAUCUCCGAGACCGAUAUGACAAGAUUCCCACUGCUGUCGAAUCAAAGCUCUUGCCAUUUCAGAGAGAUGGUGUUAAGUUUGUAUUGCAGCAUGGAGGCCGAGUUCUCCUCGCAGAUGAAAUGGGACUAGGAAAGACUUUACAGGCUAUUGCUGUAGCUUCAUGCAUACGUGAGUCUUGGCCUGUACUAAUACUGACCCCCUCUUCCUUACGGUUGCAUUGGGCUUCAACAAUUCAACAAUGGCUGAAUGUUCCAUCAUCAGAUAUACUUGUUGUUUUGUCACAAUGUUGUGGAUCAAACAAGAGUGGAUUCACAAUAGUAUCCUCGAAUACCAAAGGGACUAUUAAUCUGGACGGUCUAUUCAAUAUUAUCUCCUACGAUGUAGUCCCUAAACUACAAAACUUACUCAUGGCCUCAGAGUUUAAGGUUGUGAUUGCGGAUGAGUCUCACUUUCUAAAAAAUGCACAGGCAAAGAGGACAACUGCUUCCCUUCCAGUCAUUAAGAAAGCUCAGUAUGCACUAUUACUUAGUGGAACACCUGCUUUGUCUAGACCAAUCGAACUAUUUAAACAGCUGGAGGCAUUAUAUCCCGAUGUAUUUAAGAACGUUCAUGAGUACGGUAAUCGAUAUUGCAAGGGUGGAAUAUUUGGAAUGUAUCAAGGUGCAAGUAACCAUGAAGAAUUGCAUAAUCUGAUGAAGGCAACCUUGAUGAUUCGUAGACUUAAAAAAGAUGUCCUCUCUGAGCUACCUAUGAAGCGUAGGCAGCAGGUCUUCCUAGAUUUGGCUGAAAAGGACAUGAAACAAGUUAACUCCUUAUUCCGUGAGUUGGAGGUACUGAAAAGGAAAAUCAAGGCCUGCAAUUCAAAAGAAGAGGUUGAUACAUUGAAAUUUUAUGAGAAAAAUCUUAUUAACAAGAUUUAUACUGAGUCUGCUGAAGCCAAAAUCCCAGCAGUUCUAGAAUACCUUGCAACUAUGGUCGAGGCAGGCUGUAAGUUCUUAAUAUUUGCACAUCAUCAGCCAAUGAUUGAUUCCAUACAUCAGUUUCUUCUUAAGAAGAAAGUGGAUUGCAUUCGGAUUGAUGGCCAUACCCCUGCAGCAUCAAGACAAGCUCUGGUUACAGAUUUCCAGGAAAAAGAUUGGGUGAAGGCGGCUGUGCUGUCUAUUAGAGCUGGGGGUGUUGGAUUAACUCUAACAGCUGCAAGCACAGUUGUUUUUGCGGAAUUGUCUUGGACUCCCGGGGAUCUGAUUCAAGCAGAAGAUCGUGCUCAUAGAAUCGGCCAGGCGUCUUCAGUCAAUGUAUACUAUCUGCUAGCAAAUGACACAGUUGAUGACAUCAUAUGGGAUGUUGUUCAGAGCAAAUUGGAAAACUUGGGGCAGAUGCUUGAUGGGCAUGAGAAUACCAUGAAAGUUGCAGGCAGCCCUUCCAAGCAGAAAACCGUCGAGUCAUCUAGCCAACCACAAAGCAGCCCUUUAAAGCAGCGUACACUUGAUUCCUUUAUUAAGCGUUGCAAUAACACCGGUGGCCAAGAAAGCCAGCCGAAGCUCAAAUAUCCCAGGCAGUAAGACACACAAGAACAUUUGCAUUGUAAAGUAGGAUAUAACCAGUUCUGUAAAAAUAUUGUUACAGUAGCAAUAUUUGUAGGUGGAAAUGUAAAAAAAUGAAAGGAAAAAAUUGUACAGAAGUUUAGAAUAUAUUGUGAGAUUUUAAAGUAGUCUCCUAUCAAGCAGUGUGCAAUAAUUAAGUUCUUGUUGUCAAUAACAAGUCAAAACUCACAAAAGAGCUAUCGAAUGAUCGAUUCU